GUUGGCAUGGCUGACCUUGGUCUCCAGCUCCCCGAGUGAUCAAGCUGAUACCGAGUAGCCCAGGUUCCGAUGUGGCUCACAGUCAGCUUGACUGCUGUGUGGCCCAGGGCCCCAGGUAAACAAAGAUACUCUUAGCAGGCAGGACAUCCCAGGGACUUCAGGGCUCCCUCCAGCGCCCCUCAAGGGCCAGGUGUUUCUUUGGAAUGAGCAGGGUCCGGAGAACCCAGACCCGCCAGGUUCACCCGUCACUGUACCCUCCGCCGCCCUCCCACAGCUCCCCUCUGCUCUGAACAGGACAGUGGCGGUGGCCCCCCAGCCCUCCUUGCUGAGGCCCCCUGUGGCAUGCUCACACUCUCCCGCAGUACCAGGGAGCUGCUGCCAUCAGUGCCGUUUGCACCGAGGCUCCAAGAGGACCCAUGCUGUGCCCAGAUCCUGGUGUUCACAGGUGGCAGAGCUACCAUCGAGCUCCUGGCUACCUGCCUCCACGUCUUCCCUGGGGCACCUAUGGCCUCUGGGGCCUUAUAUGACCCCAUCAACCCCGACAGGGAGACCCUCGACCAGCCAUCACUAACAGACCCUCAGCGUCUCUCCAAUGAGCAGGAGGUGCUUCGGGCUCUGGAGCCCCUGCUGGCCCAGGCCAACUUCUCCCCACUCUCCGAGGACACCCUGGCCUACGCGCUGGUGGUCCAUCACCCUCAGGAUGAGGUCCAGGUGACAAUAAACUUGGACCAGUACAUCUACAUGCAGUUCUGGGCCCUGGGCCAACGAGUCGGGCAGAUGCCCCGUAAGUCCAGCGUGGGCUCCAAGCGCAGCUUCUUCACCAAGUUGCCCCCUGCAGAGAGGAGAUACUUUAAGCGGGUGGUGCUGGCAGCCCGGACAAAACGCGGCCACCUGGUGCUGAAGAGCUUCAAGGACACGCCGCUGGAGGGCCUGGAGCAGCUGCUGCCCGAGCUGAAGGUGCGCACGCCCACCCUGCAGCGGGCCCUGCUCAACCUCACGCUGGUGGUCUCGGGCGUGGUGUUCUUCGUCAACGUGGGCAUGGUGGUGCUGUCCGACCUCAAGAUGGCCACCUCCCUGCUGCUGCUGCUCUUUGCCGCCUUCAUGGGCCUGCGGGCCUCCAAGAUGUUCGGGCAGCGGCGCAGCGUGCAGGCACUGGAGCUGGCGCACAUGUUGUACUACCGCAGCACGUCCAACAACUCGGAGCUGCUCAGCGCCCUGGCCCUGCGCGCGCAGGACGAGCACACCAAGGAGGCGCUGCUGGCGCACAGCUUCCUGGCCCGGCGGCCUGGGGGCGCCAGCGGCCCUCCAGAAGAGACCUCCAGGUGGCUCCAGUCGGAGGUGGAGAGCUGGCUUCUUUCCCAGUCAGGCUGUGACGUGGCCUUUAACGGAACUCGGGCCCUGGCCCACCUACAAGCCCUGACCCCCAGCGUUGGGCUGUACCCACCCCCAGGUUUCCCCAAACUAGACCCUUUGGCUGCAGUCACUGCCGAGUGUCCCCAGGCCGCACCCAGCAGCAACCCCUGACUGAAGUGGCCGUGCCCUGCCCGGGUCCUGCCACCUGGCUAGGAACUAAGCCCCGCCUCCUCCACGACAAGCUGUCAAUCACAGCUCCUACAUUUUGUCACCCCAAUUUCCAAUUACUGACGGCAAUUAUUUUGCUACGCUCUGUGCUUCAAUAAGGCCAAUCAAAGCAGCCAACAGUUGCUAGGCAUUUCCCCCCCUGAAGAACAGCCAAUCAAGGGUAUUUAGCUCUGCUUCCAUUCCAUUUCUUAGUCCCACCCCCACUAUAAACGUCCGGGCGUGGUUUGGCUGAGGCAGUGGGAGUGUCAGCCAAUCACAGCUGCUCGGCUCUGGUUUCUAUAACCCACCAGGCAGUGUGAAAGCUGAGUGCCCCCAACACCCAGAGGCUAUAUAUCACUGUCUUUUUAGCGGGCUCUGGACAAACUGCCCAUCAUGUGCACGAAGGCGGGGCCCCGGCCGGCAGCCAAUGAGAGCCGUUUAGUCCUGCCCCGCUGGCAAACGGCCAUGACAGCUGCUGGGCAUCGUCAACCUUGGGCGGUCAGUUGCAGAGAAGCAUCCAAUCGAGAUUUCCCAAAGCUGACCUUUCUGUCCAUCGUGCUGCUGUGUGUUGGGCCAUCUGGUCAACUGCUGAUCAGGGUGUCCAGGCAGAAGGGGCUGGGAACCCUGUGCUAGGCAGAAAGCUGUGGGCCUGGAGGAGCCACUCUGCCCUCCUCGGAGACUCGCUCCCACUCAGGCUCCCAACCACCUCAGGUGCCUUCCCUGCCCAGCUCCCUUUCUACAGAAGCUACCUCGGUCUGGAUCCCCCACCAGCAGCAGCCUGUACAAUAUCUAUUGGUCUAUAAAUUUCUCCCUGCUCUCCUCUCUCAAAGGAAUAAAUCAUGUUUAAUAAA